AAGGAAGUUGGAAGGAUCUCUACCAUCCCUCCAUUGCCAUCAGCUCCGAAAGUGCUGAAAACUUCAAAAGCAUGAAGGAAGAGUACUCGGUGCUUUCGCCUAAGUUUGGCGGGGGCCCACAGGGACUGGGUAAACUUUUUCUUUCGACGUGCGCUUUUCAUAACAUCACGAAAUGACGAAAUGACUUUGUCGCCGGUAUCAAGGAUUAUCUCGGUAGCAGGUGACCCGAACGACAGAAGCUUGAGGAAGGUGGAAAAAGAUGUGAUGGUACCCAAGUUGAUACGUGAGAGAACCAAGUCUGAAAAGUGCGUCGACGAAGUCAAAGAAUUCCACGACUGUUGUCUUAAAAGUGGCAUACUGCAUGUUGUAAAAUGUCGAAGAGAGAAUGAUAAGAUGCAGGAGUGCAUGAAGAAGUGGUUUUACAAUGAGGACUUUAUUAAAGAAUGUACAGAACAAUAUCUGGAUGAGAGGAGUGAAUUCAGAAGGACUGGAAUUUCCAAAAAACAAAAGAAUCUUAGAAUACAAAGCUCGAUGUGAAUGUACAAAUAACAUCUGGACAUGGAAUGUUAGGAUUGUUUGUGUAUUUUUCCACCUAGCUUUUUAAACACCUGUGAUUGAUACCACUGACAGUUCUAUCAGUAAAAAAACUUUCAGAAUUACAUAGAGAUGAGCUAUUGAAAGUUAAAGUUGAAUCGAUUAAAUUUUAAUUCCUGUAUCAUGCUGAAUGGCGAAACUUUCACCAUUUAGUUUUGAUUCCUAGAAAGUACCGCUUUUUGCUGCUUGUAUUUGUAAAGUAACGUUUUAUGUAUGUGUCAUUAAAGCCUCACAAUAAGAACACUGUUCAGUAUCAACGAGUUCACGAUAUAAAUGUCUAAAUUGUGACGCUUUGUAGGAGACUUAUAGUAGAAUAAAGAAAAGAAGAAGAGAGAAAAUAAUAUAGACAUUUGAUUGUCACAGAACAUGUUACUGACAUAUGUUGUUUUGAAUAAAAACCUACUUAAAAAA